AGCCCCAAGGUCUGUAGCAACCACCUCAUUCUGAUCUGUGCUUGAGGCAUGGAGAAGAGUAAAGUUCUUGUAGUUGGUGGCACAGGAUACAUCGGCAGGAGGAUUGUGCGGGCGAGCUUAGCCCAUGGCCACCGUACCUUUAUCCUGAUGCGGCCGGAGAUCGGCCUCAACAUCGAUAAGCUCCAGCUGCUCCUGUCGUUCAAAGCGCAUGGAGCGCUCCUCAUCGAGGCGUCGAUGGAGGACCACCGGAGCCUCGUCGCCGCCGUGAAGCAGGUGGACGUGGUGGUGUCGGCCAUCUCCGGCCUUCAAUUCCUGCUGCAGCUCAAGCUAGUGGAGGCCAUCAAAGAAGCUGGAAAUAUCAAGCGUUUCCUACCAUCUGAAUUCGGCAUCGACCCAGCGAGGAUGGGGCACGCUCUAGAACCAGGAAGGAUCACAUUUGACGAAAAGAUGGAGAUAAGAAGGGCAAUAGAAGAAGCAAACAUUCCACACACCUAUGUUUCCGCUAACUGCUUUGCUGCUUUCUUUGUUCCUAAUCUCUCUCAAAUGCGCACCCUUCUCCCGCCCAAAGAGAAAGUUCAAGUGUACGGAGAUGGCAACGUCAAAGUGAUAUUCAUGGACGAAGAUGAUGUCGCAACAUACACCAUCAAGUCCAUUGAUGAUCCUAGGGCCUUGAACAAGACAAUAUACCUAAGGCCCCCAGAAAACAUCCUUAGUCAAACUGAGCUGAUUGCCAAAUGGGAAAAGCUCUCAGGAGAAGUCCUUGAGAGAAUUCCCAUUCCGUCUGAUGAAUUCUUGGCGUCAAUGGAAGGUACGGACAUUACAAAUCAGAUGGCGGUGGGGCACUUCCACCACAUUUUCUACGAGGGUUGCUCGACAAACUUUGAUAUAGGGGAGGAUGGAGAGGAAGCUUCUCUACUCUACCCGGAGGUUCGCUGCACCAGCAUGGAGGACUACAUGAAACGUUAUUUGUAAUUAAGAAAAUGUAUGAACCUUAACUACCUUACCAGCAGACGUUGCACACCACA